AUGGUGAAUGCUGAAACUGCGUUGAGAUUUUAUCAAAAUAGCAAAGGUGAUCUACGUUAUAAGAAAUUUGAUGUAAAUUCAAGUUAUGAUGGUGGACUUGUACUUAAGAUCUUCGAUGAUGAUAACAACAAUCGGUAUAAAACCAUUUAUACACUCUUUCCAAACGGAACUGCAACGUACAUAAACCUUGAUUUUGCAAACAAAAAUAUCAAUAUCAGUCGUAUAUUCCCUUUAACUAUGAAGUAUUAUUUUCUGCUUUAUGAUGAUAUUGUUGAUGGUAACAAGCAGGUCACUGGAAUGUUAAUAGAUUGGAAUAGUCAAAUUAUACAAGAACAACAUACUACUGUCAGAAACUCUUUUGACCUUUCAACUAAUUCGACUCUUUUGACUGUAUUUUCAUUGGUUGAUGGAAGUUUUGGUUUUAUUACAACAGAAGUAUCAUAUGAUAAUUAUACAACGUUAAAUAAUACAUCUGUACGAACAUUAUAUCUAUAUUAUAGUUUUUUAUCUUUCUCAACUCACAAUAUUUCUGAAAAAUUUUUACUUUAUUAUGCGAAAAAUGUGAACUUUAUAUAUAUUUCUUGUUCACCAAGUCACAGUGAAAAUGGAAAUGUAUGCAUGAUGACAUUAAUUGAAUCUUCUAUGCAAUCAACUGUUACAACAUAUCAAAUUGAUUUCUUGUCAUCUGGCUCUGUCAUUAAAUUAAAUAUACGAUAUAUGAACUUUUUCAAUGAAGCAUAUUAUAUUUUGCCUCUAUUUUAUGGUGGAUCUGUUAUAACUAACUGGAACGCCACACAGCCCAUAGUAAAUGAUAACCAAUAUGUUUCUAAUUUGACUGGACAUAUUAUUCCACUUAAUGGCAAUGAAUACAAAUGGGAGUUAAAUCCCAUCUCAAGAUUUUCAAGAGCUAUCAUAAAUAUAGCAAAAUUCAGAAAUGAUUUCGGCUAUGAAAAUCCCAAUGUUAUUUCAACAUAUCCAAAAAUUAAUGAUAUUAUUUCACCAAAUAUAAGUUAUAUAAGUAUAACAUUUUCAAGUCAGAUUUCUAAAUCAUUGAAUAAUCUCUAUAUCUAUCAAAUUAAUACAACUACAAAGCAAAACAAAAUGAGACAAUUUUAUCCUGCAAAUUCAGAAAAUUGUACAAUUUUAAAUAAUACAAUUCUAUGCAAUAUUUCACAAAGUAUCAUUAAUCGAUGGGGUUCUUCUUAUGUAAUUGUGGUCGACAAUAAUUUUGUAAAAUUUGCAUCGACGGGUGAACCUAUUUAUGGUAUUGCAGAAAAUGUAUGGACAUUUAAUACAAUUUCACAAACAAAUCCAGAGUCAUCAUCUCUUGGUGCAGCUACAGCUAUUGUACGCUUAACUCAUAAUGGAACUAAAGCGUAUGAUUCUCUUUCUAAAUUUGAAAAACUCAUAUUUUUAGAUAGUUUACUUAAUGAACUUAUUGAAAGUAUUCCUACUACUCCUGGAAGAUUACGUGCAACAAAUCGAAUUCAAUAUGAUCCGUCAACAUCACCUUCACAAUAUCUAUUGCAAAUUGUAAUUUUGGCACCAACCGAUCAUUAUCAAGUAUCAGUAUCUCGAAUAAUCAGUGAUACAAGAUCAUUAAUAAAAAAUAUGGACACUUCAAUAAUGUCAACUAACAGUUAUACAAAGUAUUUGGAUUCCUCGUAUGGACUCAAAGUUAAUAGAUCGAAUGUGAUGUUAUUGGACUGCUUAACUUCAAAUUUUGGUGGAUUUGAAUUAUUAAAUGCACCAUUUUUGAACAAUACUAAAAAUUGGAUCUUUCGGGGAUCUGUUGUUGAAACUAUUAUAGAAAGUAUUCCUCAACUUAUUAUACAGGUCUGUAAUAUAUACUGUUAA